AUGGCGAAGCAGACGGUGACGACGCGGGUGAAGUCGAGCAAACUCACGGAACAACAUCCAUGGGUGGAGAUCGUGUUCCGACUCUUGGGCAGUUUUGGUUCGACAGUGCUCUUUGGAGUUCGACUGGUGAUCGCCGAGUUCCUCUUCGGGAUCAUGGCUUGGGUUCCGGUGAAGGCGGUCGGGGCCGUGUUGGCGAUGGUGCCCUUGGCCUACACCGGGCGAAAGAACCUGGAGAGCCUCAUGAGUUGCAAGACCAGACAGGAAGUGCUCGCAGAGUUCACUAAGCUUGUGAGCAUGAGUGGUCCAUUUCUUUGGUUUGGCCUUCGGUGCUUGGACUGGGAGCUUGGAGUACGAGCGAUGAUUGGCGCUUUGCUGUUCAAUUUUGCCUUGUUGCUGACCAGACUGAUCCUACACAGUCAGAAAAGUAACAAGGUCAGCGAGAAGGAGGAGAAGAAGAAAUCCUCCAAGAAGUGA